AUAGAUCUUAAGUUUAAAUUAUAAAAAAAACAAAUAUGGAUAUUAUUGAAAAUAAUUCUUCAGAUUUAUUAGCAAAUAAAUCAGAUAGUACAUGGGAUUAUUUAUUUGUUGAAUUAGCAGAUCCUAGAACAAAUGAUUGGCCAUUAAUUAGAUCACCAGUUCCAACAUUUAUAAUAUUAUGUGCAUAUUGGUAUUUUGUGUUAUAUUGGGGUCCAAGAUAUAUGAAAGAUAGAAAACCAUUUAAUUUGGAAAGAGUUUUAAUUGCAUAUAAUUUUGUACAAGUUCUUGUCAGUAUAUGGUUAGUUCAUGAAGGUUUAGAUGCUGCUUGGUUUAGACAUUAUAAUUGGAGAUGCCAAAAUGUUGAUAGAUCAUGGACACCACAAGCUUUCAGAGAAGCACGAGGUGUAUAUGUUUACUAUUUGGCAAAAAUAUCAGAAUUAUUAGAUACAGUUUUCUUUAUAUUAAGAAAACGUGAUCGUCAAGUAACAUUCUUACAUGUAUAUCAUCAUAGUGUUAUGCCAAUGAUCUCAUGGGGUACAACAAAAUAUUAUCCAGGUGGACAUGGUACAUUUAUUGGUACAUUAAAUUCAUUUGUUCAUAUUAUUAUGUACUCAUAUUAUUUGUUAUCUGCAAUGGGACCAUGGAUUCAACCAUAUUUAUGGUGGAAAAAACAUAUCACUAAUUUACAAUUGAUUCAAUUCUGUAUGGCCUUCUGUCAUUCAUCACAAUUAUUAUGGGAAGAUUGCGGUUAUCCAAGAUGGUCAGUUAUAUUUACAUUACCAAAUGCAAUAUUCUUUUAUUAUUUAUUUAAUGAUUUCUAUACAAAAGCCUAUAAAUCAUCUCAAAAAGCUAAAGCUGAUGCUGCCGCUAAAGCAGCACAAGCAGCAGCUGAAAUUACAAAUAAUAAUAAUAAUGAUAAUAAUAAUAAUAAUGAAAAUGAUAAUAAUAAUAACAGUAAAACGAAAAAUCAAAAUGAAAUUAAAAAA